AUGCCCGCGCGCCGCUCCCUGUCAAUCAGGCGCGCGUCACUUCCUUUCCUGGUCUGCCGCUUUCUGCUCAUUACAGUUGAAGAGUCCGUCAGUGGAGAAGCUUCAGCUACGGAGACUGAGGCUGCCUCUGCCGCGCGCCAGAUCUUCUGUAUUUGUGUGGCCUCGAGGGGCGGGGCCGGGACCGGGACGGCAGCUUCACGCUCGUCACCCUCGGCUGCCGCCGCCGCCGGAGAGCCAGGUCUGUGGAGCCGAGCCAGGCCCAGCCAAGCCGGGCCCUCGAACGGAAAGAGUCGGAGGAACCUGCUGCUGCUGAAACUGAGGGCCGAGGGGAGAGUCACCCGGCAACGGUGAGGGAGCCGCCAUCGCGCAUGCGCGUCAGGGCAGUGGCUGGCGGUGGUGAAGGGGGGGAGACGGGAAGGUUUUUGUUUUUAUUUUGGGGGGGAUGGGAACUGCAUUUGUUGCUGGGGGUGGGGGAGGACUGCAGGCGAAGGAGGAGGUCUCGUUUGGAUUGGAGGGGGUGGGAUGGGGGGGAGACCUCUCGAUGCUGGAAAAAGGCGAUGGGUUUGGGAGGGUAAAUCUGCAGGUAGGUUGUCUUGUGGGUCUGAACGUGACCGGCCUUGGCGAGGGCAGGAAAUGGUUCGGGGUCAGAAGAGCAGGAGUUGGGGGUUAUGCACCUCCUUUUUUGGAUGGGGUGAGGCGAUCGUCCUUGAGGGUUAGACUGUUGAGGAAGCGGGAGUUAUGAUUCUCCCGCAAUGAAAUCGUGAUAACUUGGUCAAAGCGUAACUGCAUGUACGGAUGGCGGUGCAUCUCUUUAAAAAAGGGCGAUUGGUUAUUUGGUUACAGUGGACUCGGGUAACGGUGUGUCUCUGCACACUCAAUGGGUACAGAAAGCAAUUUGGAGACGUCAGUAACGUGAAUAAAUUAGCCACCAGCUUUUGGAAUGUGAUGUUCCUAAUCCUAAGCAUCUUUUGGAUGUGUUCUCCGAGAUCUCCAACCCCAGAAAUAGGACAGAGGCUACUUCCCUCCUGGAAGUAAAAUGCUAGGAUUCAAAGGAUCAAAGCUUCCAUUUCGUCAAGCCCCCAUGUGCUGCUUAUCAGGCUGUGUAGAUGAAGCUGUGUGAUUCAUUCAGAUCAGGUGUCAUAAACAGAGAGCAGGUGCAGCACAGAAAGGUUCACUAGAACAAAAUAGCCCUGUGUGAUUCAGUGGAAGAAAUGUGCUACAAGUUGAAGGUGUCCCAGCCCCUGAGUCACUUGUCAAUCUGACCUUCUGGAAAACUUCCCAAUGCACAAAUCCAAAGAUAACUUAGUUAAGCUCUCAUGGAACCUCAAACUUCACAAGGGCAUAUCUGGAAUUUCCUAAUGAGACCAAUAAGGGUAUAUUAGUUUUUCCACCUUUACUUACCUUUUUAUCUGCAAAGAACUAUUGGGUAUGUUCUAGAGUGCAUUGACAGGUUGAAUGAAAGGAUAGUGAGACUCAGCAGGCUGGCUAGCACAGUGCUUAAACUUUAUCCCCUAGGAUGCAUCCCGAUGCAGAAUUAUUUCUUUGGCAGACAAAUUGUUGUUACCUUAGGUUGGGAAGCUUAAAAGUACUUUAAUCCCUUCUGUGGGCAAAAUAUGUCCAUCUGAUAUAUCGGGUGUAAAUAUUCCACCUGUUUGUGCUUUUCUCUACCACCAAGGAAAGCAUAUUUGGAGUUUUCAGUUUAUCCUUCAUACCCAGUUAAAAUAGACUGCAAAUGUGUAAAGUUUGGAUACCCAUAGCAAGCUUGGUUCAGAGACAUGGAUGGGUGGUCAGUAGUGGGAACGGGUGCAAUGCAAUGCCUUGAUAGGCCCUUAGUCCACCUUUGAGUAGAGAAGUGCUAGGCAACUUGGCUGAAGCAGUUGCCACCACCUUCAUUUCCACAAAAUGCAUCUGAACCCUGAUGUAGUGUACUUUAGGGAUAGGGUGGUUGUAUUCAAGUUUUUUAGAUGGGACACAUUUUAAAUUUAAAUUGUUCUAACCCAGCCUGGGACCUGUUGCCAGAUGGGUAAUACAUUUAAUAAAGCUAACAAUAAUUAAACCCUAACACGCAUGUGGGAACCCAUUUCUUAAUUUAUUUAACCGUAUAUUUGUAUAGUGCUGCUCCUGCUGCUGCUGCUGUGACUCACCUUAGAGAAGCUAUGACCUGGUAGUGGGUCCCGACCCACCAGUUGAAGAUCAGUAAGGUAGGGCAUUUGGGGGUAGUGUAGAAGAUGGUGGUGGCAGCAGCUUCAGACACCUCACCCAACUUUUCUUUUAUCAGUUCUAGACCUAAAAAUAGAUUAAGAAAAAAAAGGCUGCUGACUCAACUGUGGUAGAUUCUCUGGAACACCUGCAUUUGGUCUGAUUUUGUCAUGUAGUUACAUCAAGCAUGUUCCCAGAUGCAUAUUUAAAGAUGUAUGAGUGAAUGAAUCUGCACUUGAAAUGUUUCCUACAUAAACCACCAGCAUAAAACCAUAAACCUGCAGCAGUUGUGUCUGCUAUAAUUAUGUACCCAAAAUUCUACCCAGAGUGCUUAGAUGCACAGGAAAUUGAUUCUGAGAUUGACAUUUUUAUUUUUUGCAUUUAUACCCCACCUUUCCUGCAGGGAGCUCAAGGUGUCUUACAAGGUUCUCCUCAUUUAAGCUAAACUCUAACCACCACAUCACAGUAUUUUAUUAAUAGUUAAUGAGAAAAUACUUGUUUCUGGGUGGGGUGAAUAAUAAUUUUUGUUUAUAAAAAGGGGUGUUUCAAUAUUGUCUCAUUAAAAAUAAUCUAGGAUUGAAUCCAGUAACUUUCUCUCUCUCUCCUUUACCCACAUGCUUCUGUGCCCCGACCCACAAAUAUGCUCUAGUGAGAUGGGGGAGCUCCCAGGGUGGGCUUACAGGUGGUGGUGGGGCACAUGGGAGAGUUCAGUUGCAUGAACAAAAUUUAUUCCCUUUGUGCAGUGACUUUGUUGAUUAUAGCCCCUUAUUUAAAAAUGAAAUCAGAAUUUAAUACAAGCAUACUUCUUUCAAGUAAUAUAGAAGCUACUGGGAACAAUAACAGCAUGAAAUUGUAAUUUGAGGUGCAAGAAAGGCAGUAAAGGCCAAAAGAUUUUAUAUUUUCUCUACAUUACCCAUGGCUUGCUGUUACAUGGAUGCUUGUGUUAAUGGCCUCUAAUUUGAAGCAUGUGCUUCAGACUGGGCAUGUCUUCAGCAAAACAUUACUGAAAAGCAGAAAAGUUUCCAUCUUGUUUAUUUCAUAUGCACUUUGAUUUAAACCUGCAUAAUGGUGAGAAUUCAUCUCAGUACCGUAUUUUUCAAAACCCUGAAUAAAUUCAACAGUAAUGAUAAACCUUAAUAAGCUAGUAAGCUUUAUCACACAUAGUGCAAUACAGUAUUAUUUGAUACAUAUAUGUUUGAUAUCCAGUUAUCUAUGGUAAAGGUAAAGAACCCCUGGAUGCUUAAGUCCAGUCACAGGCAAUUAUGGAGUGUGGCGCUCAUCUCGCUUCAGACUGACUUUGUCCACAGUCAGCUUUCCAGGUCAUAUGGCCAGCAUGAAAAAACCGCUUCUGGCACAAUGGAACACCGUGACGGAAGCCGGAGUGCAUAGGAAACACUAUUUACCUUCCAGCCGCAGCAGUAUUUAUCUACUUGCACUGGUGUGCUUUCAAACUGCUAGGUUGGCAGAAGCUGGAACAGAGCAACAGGAGCUCACCCUGUUAUGCGGAUUUGAAUUGCUGACCUUCCGAUCGGCAAGCCCAAAAGGCUCAGUGAUUUAGACCACAGCACCAACCACAUUGUCUAUAUUUAAUAUUGAAAUAUUAAAUAAAUAUAGUAUCUAAAGUACAGUCAUACCUCGGGUUACAGAUGCUUCGGGUUGUGUACCAUGCCGAACCCGGAAGUACUGGAACGGGUUACUUCUGGGUUUUGGCGCAUGUGCAGAAGCGUCGAAUCGCAACCCACGUGUGCACAGACGUGCCGCUGUGGGUUGCAAACGCUGUGGGUUGCGAACGUGCUUCCCGCACGGAUCACGUUCGCAACCCGAGCGUCCACUGUAAUAUAUUUUAUGACCAUCAUACACUGGUAGAACAAUGAUGACCCUCUGCAUCACUUCCAAUUUACAAUUCUAUGAUUCUAUAAUGAUGGCCUAAAGACAUAAUAAUUCUAUGAAAUAUAAAUGUUAGACUUUCAUAAUAUUAUUUUACACAUUAGUGACAUUCCAGUGUACUUAAUGUGCUGUUUUCUCAAACCAUCUUAAACCAGAGAUGAUGCAAGUCUGGUUAGGAAUUUCAGCUUUGUAAUAACGUCUAUUUUCCCUUUGAAUUACCGGUACUUAAUUUUUUGCUUGUUCUAGUAGUUCAUUGCAGUUGUGCUAGGCUGCCCAGGUGGAAGAGUAGAAAAGCCCUCUUGUACCUUGAAUAGUUGUGUGGAAGAGGGAAUUUCAACCGGCAUAGUUUGCAUAUGAGCUACACUGACUGAACUUUCCUCUUCUACACAACUGUUCAACGUGCAGUCCUCUUUUCCACCGGGUUAUCCACACUAUUCUUCAACUGUCCAUCAAUAUUGGCUCUUUAUUUUCUUUCUUUUAAACCAACAAAUGAAAUCCAAGACAUUCAUCUGCUUCCUUUUCUGAUCUUAAGUAAUGUAGCAUGAAUGUAUUCUUUGUCAUCUUCACUUUUAGAAGGGAUCGUUUUCAGUUAUGAUCUCCUCUAGUCUGGUUUUUGUGACAUUGUUGCAUUUGGGUUGCUUGAAAUUUCAUUUGGCCUCUCAUUUCUUUGGAAAUUCUACCAUUAUUAAUUGUUUACAUGCAUGUUGGUUUUCUAACGGCUUGGUCCUGUUCCUCUUUCUUCCUAACUUUCUUUCUGUUUUUGGUUAGUCCACUCUUUCAUUUGAGUUCCCAAGACUGCAAAUCUUUAUCAUAUAGUGAUAAGUACUAGUAAUUAAGAGGAAGAAAUGUCUGUCUGUAUAUCCUGCAGAAUUCCUAUUUUGUCUAUAUGUUCAUUGAUAAGAAAUCACAGUGGAUAUGUAUUACAUAGCACACUACUGAAGUGAUAUGAUCGUAAUACAUAUGAUGUGACUUUAAAGCUUCGUAUUUAUUGCUACAGCUCUGCAGUAAUUUGAUGAAGUGAUUCUGAGGUAUUAUGACACACAUCUGAAUACUUUCAGCAUCACCCUUUGGGUAGAGAAUAAGAGAAAUGCAUAGUUCAUAAUGAGAAAAUGCAGCCGAUUUGGGGGUUGCUUUUCCCUGCCACUCUUGUACAGUGAAGUCUGUAAUGAUCUUGAAGCUGGAUAGGAAGCUUCUAAUGUUUUUGUUGCCUUGUGGAAACAGAAGGGAAGCAGCAAUCAUGGGCAUCUGGUGCGAGAAGAGAUAUAUUUAUGAGUGGUGGAGCCUAAUAAUAAUUUAACUUGUAACUCCACUAGAGGUUGGGUCUGACAAAUAACCUUAGCUACUGUCAUUCACGAACAAUUCUACAUAGGGAAUAUAGGAAGCAGCCUUAUACUUAGACCAUUGCUCCAUCUAGCCUCAGUAUGGUUGGUGUACACUAGGGGUAGUCAACCUUUUUGUACCUACCACCCACUAAUGCAUCUUUCUUGAUGGUAAAAUUUCUUUACCGCCCACCAGUGCUUGAUGGAAGGGGGAUUCAACUUGUCCUGUAGAACCCCCAACCGCCCACCUAGAAUCCUGAAAUGCCCACUAGUGGGCGGUAGGGACCAGAUUGACAACCCCUGGUGUACACUGUAACUGGCUCUCUAGGGUUCUCUUCCACUUCUAUAGGGAAGCGUACCUUCUAAGUUACAAGGUAGAAAAUUGUGGUAGAAAAUCUUGUUCUAUUUUUAUGGGAAGUACGAAAAACUAAAGCUUUUAACAAUUUUUACUCAUUCAAUUUUUUUUACAUGUAUACCAGGACUCUGAACAGUUUCUCUCCUAUCCAGCUGAAUUUCUGUGCUCCCUAGAAAUAAGUUCUACUUUGUAGGAUUCAACUAAGUUGCUGUGCGUGGGGAACUAGGUUUGCUCUCACAGUAAGACCUCAGCCCCCACCCCGUGCGUGUCCCCUGCAUUCCCUAAAUCUGCUUUGGAGGAUUGGAGGAACCCCUAGAACAGGUUUAGGGGCUGUUCCGGGUGGGGGAGGUCUCACUGUGAGUGAAUCUAGUUCCAUACUCAUGUAUGCCUCUUUGUGAUCUAUUUGGUGGCAUUCUGGGUACUAGUUCAGUGAACCCUGGGCAAAACAGAAUCAUAGUUCCCAACUGUAGUACAUGUUGUUGAGCUAUUUGUAAUAAAGUUGAUAAACUUUGGGAUUAUCCCUAUUCUUUGAUAUGUUGUUAAAUAAGCUUGUUUGAAAGCAAAAUUAACUCAUUUAUUGCUUGCUUGUUCAUUAGCUAGUGCAUAAGUCUUUGGUCUUGUCAGAAAUCAAGAUCCCAAAAUGUACAUUCUGUGAAAUAAAACCAUCUGGAAUACUUCAAUGUUAAAAUGUUCAGCAAUUAAUUAAGAAUUUAAGUAGAACCUUACAAACUCGUUUGCCAAUUUAGGUUACGCUGUGCUCCUAUUUAUUUAUUUAUUUAUUUAUAUGUUGUAUUUCACUGAAAAGCCCUUAUUUUUUUCCAUCAAGCACUCCUUACUUAUUUUGCAAAAUACUGUUCUGUUAAUGCUGCUUUUUGGUAUAAUGUAAAUUUGAGUGGGAAAUUAGGCUUUUAAUAGAUUUCUUUUUUAACAGUUUACUCGACUUUAGCAGUUUCUUGAGUAAUCUGUUGAUUACUCCUUUCAAUGAAUGUGUGUGACUUGAAUUCUGAACAAGUGCUUUUACAUUUUUCUGGAAGUGCAACAGGCUUACAAAGAAUGACAAAGCAUUGCAACCUUACCUUUCUGUUACAAAGUGCUUCUACAGAAGUGAUGCAGGCAUAGGCUGAUGCUGCAAGGUUCCAUAUAUGGGCCAUGUUGCCUGUAGGGGGAGCUCUUUAAUAUAAGAAAUAUCUUGGCUAUUAUUUUGAAAACAUGAUUAAACAUUGAGGAAUUACUAAUGUAUGUAUAUUUAGAAAUAAGGCUUUGGAAGGAAUGAGAGUUGAAAUACUUUGGUUAUGAUCUUAUAAUCUAUUCCUUUUGACAUACUCUUUAGCCUUUCAAAUAUAAAUACUACACAGUCCACAUUUUUAAAACUGUAUUGGACUCUGGAUAAUUAAUAAAAUGACGAUAUAAGUAAGGCAGAUUAAAUAUUGAAGCUGUAGAUUAUUGUUUCUAGGUUUUCACUGUCUUUUCCCAGUUUUGUAUAGUAUCUUCCUUGUGCAGGUAGAUCUUCUAAAUGUAAGUAGGAAACAUGUUUGCUGGCUACAAUGAUUAUCAGUUUGCUUAAUUGCUGGCUUCUUUGAAUCUUGUACUGGCAUUUUCAUUGACAUGUAUCUGAACUGACUUCCAGUAGUUUGGCUGCUCUUAAAUGCACUUGCUAAAGAGCACAUCUCAUUGAACACAGUGUGAUCUCUUCCAAGUAAACUUGCACAGAAGAGUGCUGUAAAUUUUCCUACUUAGAAUAAGUAUACAGAUUUUUUGAAUACACCCCCCCACUCCGAAUCAUGAUGGAAUAUGCAUUCAUGACAUGUGAUGGCGAAGUUUUAUGUGAUGAAUUGUGAUUAUGGAGCUAAUGAGAAUGAGCGACUUGAAUUAACUUAAAAUUUGCUUUUUUUGUAGUGGCGGAACAAUGAAAGAUCCCUCUAAAAACUAGCACUCUUUAAUAAUUGUUAAAUGUUAAACUGUUCUGUUUUCAGGAUAUAAUGUUGCAUAAGUUUACUGAUUUUAUUUUGAAACAUUAUGCACGCUUUAUUAAAUUCGUGACUCCUGCAACUGUGUUUGUGCAUACAAUUAACUGUCACACAGAAUUACCAAUCGCCUAUUAGCUGUUAUGAUUGAGGUACAAUGUAGUUACUGGGCCUUUUUUUGUUAAUACGAUAAUGUUAGGUUUUGUUUCUAGAUGGAAUUAUUUGCUCUUAAUUUGCCCCUAAUGACCCAAAUAUCGUGUUUGGGGAAAGAUAAAUUUUAAAAGUAGAUUAAUGAUUCUUAUAAGUUGCGUCAGAAGGUUUGUAUCCUGAAAGGUAGAAUAUAAAUAACUGAAAUAACUUUUGUUUGUCCAUGAUUCCAUUCAAGCUAUGAUGGGCUGUAUCCAAAGCUGUAGUUCAACUUGUGUAAUAAACUUAAGUUUGUGCAAUGUAACUUUCUCUUCCUAGCCUGUGCCCACCAGCUCCCUUUGUGUGCUCUCAAUAUAGACUCCAAAGGAUUGGGCACUCUGCAGUGCAGAUUUUGGUGGCAUAUGGGGAAAGCCGAGGAAAUGGAAGUUCUGUUGUGUGAGUGGAAGUCUGCUUGUACUACGUUGAAUGGAUUACAAAAAAUAUGGAUUUCUGUUUUUCCUACUAUGUGCUUGCAGGAGCACUAAAUUCCAUGUUUGUUUUGGUGACUGUGUGCCAGAACUUUCCUGCAACAGUGAUCAGGAGCAGAGCAAUAUUUUUCAUGCAGUGGGAAAAAGAAUAUCCUCAUUACUUAGUUGGUAGAUAGCUCAAUAUAUUCCUUGUGAAGGCUCCGUGGUUAUGCCAUGUCCCUUUUCCUAUGCAUGUUUUGAAGCCCAAGCCAUCCCAAUUAAGGAAGGAGGGAGGGAACCCUGAAAAGGAACAUAGAAAGCUUCCUUAUACCCGGUCAGCACAUAUAAUUCAAUAUUGACUACACCAGGGGUUGGGAAGCCACUCCCCACUUGGCCUGCCAGGCAAUUUUGGUCAAGCUAUGCCCACUUGACCUACACAUGGCAAUUUAAGUAGGACCUUACAAAUUCCUGUGCCUUACAAUUUGUGACACUGUGCUACUAAUUAUUGCCCACUUGCCCUGCACCUGACUUCAUAUAUAACACCAGGUAUAGGACAGAUAAAAUUAGUUGAUUGUCAGGGCUUCUAAGCAAAGUGCAGGACUCUCUGCAAGCACUUAGGAUAAGGUGAUUGUUGUGGUUUGGGGAAAGCCCUGUACGACUGUCAAUCAGCUAAGAUCAACUGUAACUGCCAAGAGCGUUGGAGGAAGCACUUUGAAUCCAAACCACUUUCUCUGCAGAGGGGGAAAUGUUCUGUUUAUAUGAGCAUUCUGCCCUCUGCAGAAGCAUCAAAUGAGCUCUUUGUAUCCACCAGUUAACUGAUCAGAAGUUACAGCAAGCUUCUCUAAAGGUGCAUUCCCAGUCCCAGUCAGAUGAUUGGCACUGAAAGCAUGUCUUCAAAGAAAGUUGCUUUAAUUGCUGAUCAGCUGAUUAAUUAUAAUGGCCUCUUUUGAACUUUGACAGGUGUCAAUCACUAGCCAUAAUUAUGACAUCAUGUAAUUGGUGGUGGUUCUUGCUCACCUGUCAAGGUUGGACCAUGGGGGUAUGUGUGGCAAAAUUAAGGAUCUGAUCUGCUUUUAAAACCCAGUUUUGGUUUUGGUGUAAACUCAUGGUUUACACUGUAAGUGGCUUUCCAGUGCUUCAGACAGGGGUCUUCUCCUGCCCUACCUGAAGAUGCUGAGGCUUGAAUUUUCUGCACACAAAGCAGAUGCUCUACCACUAGACUAUGGCAUUUCCCUCGUUGUGUCUUGUCAUGUUCACUUAAUGGCCAGCUACCCACCAGACCAAAAUGUUAGUUUGGUAAAUAGUAGGUUUGAGGUAGGUGACAGAAGUAGGCUUAGAGGAGGAAUAGCAUAGCUGAUUAAUGUGUGAUUGUCAGCUUUUGGGUGAACUGAUUUUCCAAUACUUUGUUUUGCCCCUCUGAACUAUUGAUUCUAGCAGAUGGUACUUUGUUAAGCUGCGCUCACAACAUACACACUCAUUCUGCUUGAAGGUCUGAUACCUGUGACAGGAAGCAUUUUCUACAUGUGUGUACCCCCCAACUGUUUCGAAGAUUUCAGUGUAGUUAUUUGGUUUGAGAUAAUUCAGCUAGUGUCACUUGAAAAUGAGCCAGUUGCUAUUUGCAUAGCCCAGCCCUUUUACUCCUAAGAGGCCACAUGAAGAACAGUCUGUUGCACUAUUCAAAAAUCUUACAAAAGUUUUAGCAUCUCUAAAACUGCAUGUAUACCCCUCUGAGGGCCAAUAACAUGUCUGAUAAAAAUACUGAUGAAAUUGUUAGUUUAUAGAGAUCCUUUGUCCUGCAUUAUACCAAAUCUGAUUGUUAACAGUUUUGAAUUAUAUAUCGAAUCUGAUUGGUGGAUCUAACCUCAACUUGCAGUAGAUAGGGGGUGUGUCCAUGGAGAGGAGUUCAGUGACUGGAAAUGAGGUGGGAAUGAGAGAAACAAUUUUUGCAGAUUUCUCUAGAUGCAGUACCCCUGAAAAUCUCCUCUGGUGAGUUAGAAGUCCCUUUGGAACAGCAUGGCAGGUGGUCUGCAAGUGAGAGGGAGAUUAGGUGAAAAUUGCCUUCUGCCUGUAAGAACAUCCAGUUUGUGGAGCAGAAACCUCUGAUCAAUCUGCCUUGCUUUUGCAAAUGGGAGAAUCCUUGUGUUUGCAAAACCACAGGUCUGGAUCCAACACAUCAUAUGGUCUGUAUUAUAUUUUUUACUAUACAGAAUUAUUUAGAGUAUAGUUAUAGAACUACCGUAAAUUUCGCUCCAUAACACGCAGUUUUUUCCUCCUAGAAAGUAAGGGGAAAUGUCUGUGCGUGUUAUGGAGCGAAUGCCUACAGAUGGCGGGGGAAUCUGCUGCAGUCGUGAGCAGUCCGUGGCUCGCUUUGAAACAGCAAAGCGGGUGUAAGCGGCUCCUGUCAGCUAGCGGAGCCGGGGAGGAGGGAGAGAAGCAGAGCGGGAGUUGGCUGCUUUAAAACAACCCCUGCUCUCUGUCCCUGCCUGCAGUUUUUUGCUGUCCGAUUUUGGAUUAGCCACUGUAGGGGCUGUGUGUGUGUGUGCUUGAGCUAUCGUUCUCCUCCUGCUGCUUCCCCUUCACUCUCCCUGCGCCCCUGCGACUUUAGAAUUGACACUCUGUGUGUGUGUCUGUGUGGGCUCCUUCUCCUUCUCUUGCUUCCCGUUCACUCCCCCAGCGCCCCUGCGACUUCCAGCGCCCUGCGCCUUUAGGGCCAGUUCUCUCUCUCUCUCUGUGUGUGUGUGUGUGUUUUGACCUCACUGCGCUUGUUGGGGGAGAGUGUUGGUCGCAAUUUUUCUUGAUUUGUCUCAGAGUGGUUACUAUCGUGGUUUCCUUGCUGGGGAGGAGGGAGAGAAGCAGAGCCUGCUUGUUUUAAAGGAGCAAAGCCGGAGAGGAGCCUCUCCUGCAUUAUUAGCAGCAUCCUUCUCCACACCCCCCCACGCGUGCUCCUUGUCCCUUGAGUGCUUUUCCCUCCCUCCCCACUUAAAACGUGGUUACAAAGCACGGAUCCACAUGGAUCCUCAGGAUUUUUGCACUGGGUCACCCCAAACUCACCGUCAGAUCACAUGUCUGUGGCCACAGCAUGAACCACAAAAAACAUACAUCCACUGUUUUGUUUAGAAUAUUUUUUUCUUGUUUUCCUCCUCUAAAAACUACGUGCGUGUUAUGGUCAGGUGCGUGUUAUAGAGCGAAAAAUACGGUAUGUGAAAAUGUUCUUUGAGGGAUGGGGUUUGAGUUGGAAUUCAUAUCACAGCAAUAGUAAUUUUUUUAUACUCCUGUUUGAUUUACCAAAAUGCUGAUGGAGAUUAAUUCCCCCGAUAAUGGGGGUAAUUUAUGGUACAAUCCUAUACAUGACUACUCAGAAGUGAGUCUCAUUGAGUUCAGUAUGGUAUAGGAUUGCAGUCUAUUUACCUUGUUCUAUAUAAGUCAGUGGGACACGGGUGGCGCUGUGGGUUAAAUCACAGAGCCUAGGACUUGCUGAUCAGAAGGUCGGUGGUUCGAAUCCCUGUGACGGGGUGAGCUCCCGUUGCUCGGUCCCUGCUCCUGCCAGCCUAGCAAUUCGAAAGCAUGUCAAAGUGCAAGUAGAUAAAUAGAUACCGCUCCGGUGGGAAGGUAAACGGCGUUUCCAUGCGCUGCUCUGGUUUGGCAGAAGCGGCUUAGUCAUGCUGGCCACAUGACCUGGAAGCUGUAAGCCGGCUCCCUCGGCCAAUAAAACGAGAUGAGCGCUGCAACCCGAGAGUCAGUCACGACUGGACCUAAUGGUCAGGGGUCCUUUUACCCUUUACCUUUAUAUAAGUCAGUAGGGAUAAUUAACAAAUAUUAGAACAAGUUAAGUGAGUUCCAUCAUGGACAGCUGGAGCAGGUGGGAACUGCCUCCUCACAAGUACUAGAGAUCUUGCUGUCUGUAUCAGAGAACAUGUUCUCCAUUCCACAACUGUUUCCAAGAUUACAGCUAAUUUAUUUUUUCCCUUACGUAACUUUAGCAGGAACCAUUGUGGUAUAAUGGGCACAGUUUUGCUCUUUGAUAUGUUUUCAACCCUGAGUGGCCUUGGGCAAAUCAUUAUCUCUUAAGUAACCUCAGUCCACCUCAGGGUGGGUAGUCAUUGCCCUGAUCUCCUAGCAGGUCCUUCCGUUACAAGAGGGAUAUAUAGUUCCACUUUGGAUUAAUUUUUGGCUUAUACUAGACUCAAAGAAGAAACUCAGUAAGUGGCUUUUUAAAAAGGAUUUUGUAUAUAUGAUAACUGUACAUUGUUUAAUGUAAGACAUAUAAAAGUCUAGUAAUUCUAGGAACCUUGAUAAUCUAAGAAGUGGUUUCAUGCUUGUAAAUGUUACUAUCAGAUUAAAGAUAGUUGUUAGUAACAAACGUUGUACUUAAAACUUUGUAACUACAUUAUCUGUAGGCUAUUAAGUAGGUCUCAUGACCAGUGUCAUUUAAUUGUAAAUCCCCAUGAAAAAGGUGACGUUAAAAUAGCUUUCCAUUUGACUCAUUUCUAGUCAGAUCAUAGGAAUAUUGGUCUGUCCUGCUCAGUGUUGCUUACACCAACUGGCAAAGGUUCACCAUGGUUUAAAACGGGACAUUCCCAGCCUUAACUGGAAAUGCCAGGGAUUGAUCUUGGCACCUUCUACAUGCAAUGAAGAUGCUCUUUCACUGAACUAUGGCCCUUCCCCAUUUGUCUUGAUGACGCACAGCUCAGCUACAUUGAAAUUGUAUUUCUGCAGCACUCUCUACAUAGGGCUGCUUUUGAAGAAUCUCUCUAAGCCUCAGGUGGUCCUAAAUACUCCAGCUAGGUUGCUUAUGGGAAUACAUAUGUGUGAGUAUAUGGUGUCUGCUUUAGAAUAUUUCGAAGCACAAUUUGAGGUUCUGGUUAUUAUCUAUGAAGCCCUAAAUGGCAUGGUGUUUAUUGAUGUAUGUAUAUUGAUGUCUGUGGUUUUUGUGUGGCCCAGUUGUGGAGUGAACUUGCAUGGGAGGUUUGUGUGGCUUCUUCUUUUGACUUUGCACCAUCUUGCCAAUACUGUUUUAUUUGAGCAAGAUUAAUAUUAACAGGUUUUUAUGCUGACUCCAAUUUUUAAAAAUAAUUAAAAAAAUAUUCAUGGAUGCAUUUCUGAUUUUAUCUUGUGGUGUAAUUUGACUUGUUUUUUCUGAAAAUCUUAGCUGCUUUUAAUGUAGAUUAAGUUGGAGUUUAAAAUAACAUAAGGGUUUAACAUGUAGGGUUUUAAAUAAUUAUAGCAUUUAAAAUGUAUAUUUUGUUUUACAAUAGUUGCAUACUUCCUAUAGUUGAAAUUUAAACAAAAUUUAAGACAUCAUUUUUAAAGAUUAUUUUUAACCAUCUUCAUGAGGACAGUUUCCAUAUCUUAGAUGGGUUAUUUAUGGAUUUGAUAUCCCAAUUUGUUAACUAAAUGUAUUAAGAACAAACUACAGUUGCAUGAACUUGAAAUACUAGAACUGGAGUUAGUUCUAAAACAGACUUUCAGUUUCCUCCUUGCAUGCUCAAAGGACAGGAGAGUAUGUGAGCCUCAGACUUGUGCAAGCUUGUCCAUCGCUAAACCAUGGUUUAGUACUGCAUUUGAAACAGGUCAUUGUCUGCAUGAGUACAAGAACUUAUGCAUUUGGUACAAUGCCACAGCAGCAGCAUGUCUACAUUAUUUACCUUGGAGUGAAAUUGGGGUGGACUGAAUGGAAAUUUUGUGAGAAUUGUGCUUUCAGAUCAGUCUGUCUGGAGGUUUGAUCAGACUAUUAAAUCACCUAAUUUCUGAUAGUCAAACACAUAAUAUGAUCUAGUAUUCACAUUUUUAAAACUUUGUUCCGAGGCAUUUAAAAAUAAAAUAUUGAAGCAACCUGUAUGCUCUCUAGGAGGGUGUCUUGGGGCCAUUGGAUGCAGCUGAAUUGUUACUCUGUCAGCGGUGAGGAAGGCCUGUUGUGUGAUCCCUGUUUGGUGGAAAGCACUUGUGCUCUGUCGGGGGUGGGGAGACUGGACUUGUCAGACACAGACUGUGAAUCCACAGAACCUCAGCCUCCCUUGUUCCUCUGAUACACCCUAAAAAUAUCCGAAUCCUGAAGGUGGUGUAGUUAAGUCUUUCAAUUGUUUAUGUAUGAAAUUGUUAUAAUUGUUUUUGUUGGUAUUUUUAUUUUUAAAUUGCUUCAAAUUAUAUCUCAGGAGGUGAUUCAUGAUGGAAUGAAAUAAUUAAAUUUGUGGUCAAUGGGAGGGGAAAAAGAAAUUACGGAAUGAGACACCUGCUCUCCACCUUUUGCCCUUGUUGCAUUGAGCGACGCAGGCCAUGGGAAAUGGUGGUAGCUCUGCCAUGGACUCUUCUUCUCCCCCUGCCCCAGCCUCUAUACAUUGCUCUUUAAAUAAUCACAAAAUUUAGAGUACUUAAAUGCUUCUUUUUGUUUUCCAGAUUAACAGCUGAGGUACUGAUCGAGUUCUGCUCUUCUUCAAUGAGGAACUACAGGCUGAUCUUCUGCCAUAACCUCAAGCAGCCAUAA